AUGUGGGCGCCUCUGCUUUUGGCCGGGUUCUUAAGCGGCUGGUGGGGCGCACUGGCGCUCGCUGCGGCACCCCCCGCCAUUCGGGACACCCUCGGAAAAACGUCCGGAGUGACGAGCAUCAUCGAGGCGAGGCAUUAUCGUCCACUGUCCGAGAGCGCAGUGGACGAAGCCGUUCCGCGGGUGUAUCAGCCAGAAGAAAUUCAGAGACACCCGGAACAAUCGUCGUCCGAAGAAAUUUUCGCUCGUCGCGAAGAUCUUGACGAGGUCGAUUUGAGUCCGUUGAACGAUCGAGAGAGUUAUUCUCAAACGGAAAAACACUCAUCGGAAAAUGACGCGCGACAGAUCUCGCGACAAUUUCCCGGAUCCUCGGAAGAAUUGCUUCUGGAAGGGAACUUCGGGAUUCGAGAAGUCACGCCGGGUCUCACACAAUCGGAGGACUCGGCGAGGAAUAUCGUCUCCGCCGGCGAGACGGAGCGAGACGUUCGCGUAUUUCAUCCGGAGAUAAACGAGUCCGGUCUGACUCGCGCGUCCCAUCACUCCUCAACACAGGCACCCCUUACGUAUUCAGCGGCGGUGGUGCCGACCACGCUGGCGGAGUCGUCGAUGGAACGGCCGCGGGUCGUCCGAUCGGCGAAGCAACGACCAAAGAAUCGCACCAGAGCGGAUUCGCCGCGCGAGCAGCGACGCCGGUGCAAGAACAAGGAACGGGGCUGCCGCGGCCAGAACUGGUGCCCGGAUCUCGAUGUCGGCAAUCGGGCGUUUCUCGCGCCCACCGUGUUCGAGGGCAAAGCGCGCAGCAUGUCGCUGAGAAAGCCCGGCUCCAACUAUGCGGUGACCUUCGAGGUGAAGCAGGUCUACAAGAGCCAGCCUGGGUUUCAGCCGCUUCAGAAGAACGACAACGUGCGGCUGCACUUUCGCGACAAAUCGACGUCCGGCAAGUCGACCGUGUGCAACAAUUACGGCAGCUACGACGCCGGCAGCAAGGGCGACAACCAACAGCAGCAACGCGAUAAUCCGAGUGGUGUGGUGCGAGCCAAUAUUAGAAGAGGAAGAGUGUAUCUAGUGUUUGUGAAUCGCGUGGGACCCAGGAACUUCACGAUCCUCGGCGAGCCGGUGAUCCGAACUAAGAAGAACGAACAGGCCGUCCAGGCUGUCGUUCGGCCGGAUUACGUGCGAGAAGUUACGUUGUCCGAACUCAGGGACUCGAUAGCGAGGUUACGAGACAGAGUGAAGCUCGUAUGCAGGACGAGGGGCUCGCCACCCCCGAGAGUACACUGGCUGAAGAACGGUGUACCGCUGUAUCCCCGAAGAGGCCUCAGAAUUCAGCACAAACGGCGGAGAUCGAAAGUCGUGAUAUCCUCCGCGAAGCUCGAGGACAGCGGCACAUACGAAUGCGUGGCUGAGAGUACUUCCGGACAUCGGGCCCAACUCGCGGCCCAUCUUCUAGUCACUUCUGACACCAGAAUUCCGGAAACAAGUACGGCGACAAUGGCCUGGCCGCGGCAGGAGCAGCCUUGUCCAAUACCAGGAGUCUUUUGCAUGAACGGUGGUACCUGCCUAUUUUUCGAGACCGUCGGUGAACCGGCAUGCAGAUGCGCGGAGGGAUACACGGGUCAGCGGUGCGAGGCAAAGGAAGUCAGCAGCACCGGAAAUAUGGCUCAAGAUAAAUUCUCUUCGUUCGCCGAGGACGUGACGCUCGCCCGCUUCUAGCGCAUCUAGCGGCACUGUCAAGCUUGCACAUCGGGACAUUCAUCGUGUUUUGUUUUGUUGUAGCCUCACCCGACCAUCCAACCCCCAUCUCCCAUCCCUUUACAGGUUCCUGCAUCCGCGACUUCGCCCUCCGCGCUCUCCUCGGGCUCUCUUCUUCCUUCCGUCACGUCACCAGCAUCCGUCGAUUCGCGUAACCGUCUCAAGAAUUCGUCGCUCGUUCUCCGUCACUAUUUCCCGUCCCCUCAAAUUGUUCCUCUCCAACGCUAUUCCUCUACGUUUCGACCACUGCCCACCGUCAUUCCCUCGACAUCGACUUGCUUCGAGACGACGACGUCGACCAUCAUCAGAAAUCAUCAUCGUUUCUCAAAGGAGAGCCUCAGGAGACGAAGCGAGCCGCCGACCAACGUCAUCCUCGCGCACAUCGCAUCCUGGACCGUCGUGAGCCGAAAUUUCGCGAGUUAGCCUAGACGAAAGCCAUCGCGCUGAGCGUCUUUUACCGCGGGACAAAGGUUCUGAAAAGUGCGACGAAAAGUUUCCACUCUUCGGCCGGAGCCUCACUCCUCCGUUCCGCAUCGCGACAAAGACUGUCAUCACACCCGGUACUCGCACGUUGCCCAAAGGAGAACACCACGUUCACACGAACGGGAUUAGAAAACUUCGCAAUGACGCACUCCAGUCACCUCAUCUGCAAGAAAAACUCGAGUUUUCCCGUUCCACGGGAAGAAGGCGCAAAAGAACACAUUAUGCAAAUAAACGUGUGUGAAAGAGAGUAUUGCGAACUAAAUCACCACCACUUACUACAAUAUACUCCGAUGAAAAUCUUUUCGCAGAAUUGGUAUCAGUAAAUUAGCUUUAUGCAAUUUUUUGUUAAUUACAGCGAUAAAUUACAUUCGCGAGUUUUCGUGACAGAAGAGAUCGCAAUAACGCGCGCGUAUCAAGUUCCGACGUUCGCCGAUACUCUCUUUCAGAAUAUUUCGAAUUUGCAACUCGCCGAAAUUCAUGUCACGUGCGUCAUGUCCAACCAAAUUGGCCUUGAAGAAAACAAAUCGAGAAGCGGAAGUGUAUCCACUUGUAAUUUCUGGUACAGAGAGAGAGAGAGAGAGAGAGAGAGAGUGAGAGAGAGAGAGAGAGAGAAUUGUGUUCGAAGGGUCUCGAAUCGUUUCCGGCGAGGAAGGUUUGCAGAAGGGAAAACGGAAUAAGAGAGAAAAGCCCGUCGUAAAACCAAAGCAUGGGACACGCGCAGAUCAACGUUGGGUACUUCGGGGAUGUCAUGAUAUCAUUUUACGGGAUUGCAGGAAGAGGUAGGAUGAUCCCGAGUACUGUAAUAGGAUUUUCGGGAUCACAAUUUUACGCAGAAGGAAACCGCGGAUAUCUUUGCGGGCGCUCAAAACUAACGCGCACCGCCGAAUUUUCUGUUUACACAGACAGAAGUGUAAGCUUUAAUCAGCGAAAUGUCCGUAAAUUUAUUUGAGCCGUUUCAGCGAAAUUCUAACUAGGCACUUGCGGGGAUAUUUUAGUUGAUGCCGCAAAACGACAAUUAAUCUCGCUCAUUAAUCUCGUGUUACUCGCGUGUAUAAAAGAGACCAGGUAACAAUUUGAAGAAACCACCAUUAAACCAUUAAACCAUUUCAAAACCAAAGCAAUUCUAAUCUCAGCGAUUUCACGGUAAUCGCUACCGUCAAUUAUUAUCUUCAUGAAUAUAAACAAUUCUUAUUAAGAGAUAAAAUUUAAUUUUUUAUUUUGUGCCUAGUUUUUAAUGAUUUAAAAAUGAUGAUAUCGAAUUUUUUUCUCAAAUUUACAUUUUCACGUUACAUUUUUGCAAAUUAAAAAUUAAAAUCAUCAAGAUAUAGAGUGAAGCAAUUAGGAAUAUUCGUUUACUUAUUCGCCCGAGAGAUACGCGGUAGAGAAGAUCUGGUCAGCGGAGAAAAGGCGCUUCGCGAUUUCCGAAAAGAUUUCGCCGAAAAGAAAUUCGGCCUCAACGAUGCGUUUCAGGACGCCUCUAUUGUACAAAAUAACCCCUCGUAUCCCCUUUUUAGGCAUCCGGUGCGGCGCGAUCAACUCUCGAGCGAUCGAAACACCGAGACGGAGGAGGACUGCUGCCGCUCCCCGUUUUUCGCGUUUCCGUCGACGAGAACGGACGCGCUCGCGCUCACUUUUUACAUUUUAGAAACAUACACGGUUACGUAUAGGUAGUUUUGUGGGCGAACGAGCGAGCGAAGUGUUCCGUACCGUUCUCACGCGAUGAGAAGCGGAAAGUACACAUACCACACAUAUACAUAUAUACACACACAGAGAAAGGGAGACGCACACUUCGCCCGACUUUAGCUAUAAAUCCAAAAGGAUCCUCGAGCGAGAGGAGGAAGAAAGAGAGAUCGUUGUAGCGUAUGAUGUCCGUGCAAGCUUACUAGUGCCGCCGUGCUUUUUCGUUGAAUACGUUUCGUCGCUCGUACCUAUCGAACGAUUUGUAUGAAAGUCAUCGUGAGUCAUCGCGAGAUACUCGCCGCAACGUCUCGGUAUCUCGCAAAACGUCGAACGGUCGAGUUUCGAAUUGACACGGUAUAUCGGAAAUAUUAAUGACCGGAAGCUGAUAUGAAAAUCACAUUUUCGUUGUAUUAUAUUUCCACAUAAUUCUUGAUAUGUAAUUUAUGAAAAAAAAAAAAAACUCGUUUUUUCUCUCUUUGAUAUACGUUACUGCCAUAUUCAAUGCGAGAUACAUUGUACAAUGAGAUAUAUAAAGCGAAUCUCUUUGCUAAUUCUCUUUUAAUAAAAAGCAAAAUGAGAGAUCACGAACGAGGAGGAGAUACGUAACGUUAAUUAAAGAGAGAUAAUUUUAUUAUUUGAAUUAAUUUGUUGACAUUCAACCGAGACGUGAACUUUUCUAAAGCUAUCCGACUUGUCAGCUUGAUAUUUGCGACUGCGUUCGAAUAUGUUCGAUCAUCGAGACGGAACGGCGAGUUCGCGAAUAGUGAACAAAAGAAAGAAUGUAUUUUAUGAUAUUUUAUGCAUAAAAAAAAAAAAAAGAAGAACGAUCGUAAAUCGAUAUAGCGUUAGUCCAAAAAAGAUAAACUUAAGUAGAAGUGUAUAAAUAAAAUGACAAUUCGGCGUGUGCCAUUUUUUUGCGCACGUCGCCUCGCAAUCGCGCGCGGAGCGACCGCGCUGCAAUCGCGGCGCGAUUUUACACGCAUAAAGAAGAGAAUCGAUUUUCGGUCCACGGGGUGGGGACGGGACCGCAGAACGGUGAUUAAAAGCAUCGCGCGUCCGUCGCAUCGAUCGAUUAAUUAUAACCGGAUGGAUGUUCACAGCCAUCGUAGGCGCGAUCGGCAUUGCAAUAUACUCUCCACCAAUCGAUUCCUAUUCUCUCACGCACGAGUUCCCGAUCGAAAUUGCCGAUCGGAAGAAUUUCGAUAAAAUCGUGCGGUCGCGAUCAGUACGUACGUACGAGAGAUGCGAUUCAAAUAAUCCGAUCGAUAACACUUUUUCCCGCGAACUUUAAUCCCCGUUUCGCGGGAACGACGCCUAGUCACUGAUAUACUCUAAGCGCUACUGUAAAAUAUUGUAUAUUAUUUCGCGUUGUUUAUUUUUCAAUGUUUCUAAUAGAGACACGUUUCUACGGUAUAUAUAUUUACCAGAAGAAUUACCGCGUAAAAAUGUUAUUCGAGAAGACGCGAUUUUUCCGCCGCUCCGUUAUAUCGCGCGAUUUGCGACAAUGAGAGAUCUGGUCUAUUGUAAGUUUGAAAAAAUAUUUUUAAGCAUUGAUAUUUACAUUACAUUAAAUUAAUCUCGUAAAUUAAACAAAUUUCUUUACAUACACGUUAACGUCAAGUUUUCUUUUGUACGGAUUUUUUUCUAAACUAUAAACACUUUCCAUGUUUUGCUAAUUUACAUUCGCGAAACAACUUAAACAAGAAACUCCCCCCGGGUGAAUUUCGUUAUCGUCAUUGUCGCUCUUUUACGUGAUGUCGCGAACCAGCGGGACGUUUGUAAAACUGCAGCGUAUCUCCAGCAGCUUUCGCAGUGUGUGAGCUAAAAAAAAAAAAAACCGAAUCCGGAGCAAACCUAGUCUAGAACACACUUAAAGAACGUACGGCUUUUUGAGUGCGGAGAGUUAUUGCAAGUGUCCGUCUUCGGCGCGUAAAAAACCGCACGUGUGCUUUUGAGGAAAAGAAUACUUCGAGUAGGAAAACUUUCUAAUAAAAACCUAAUUGUUAUAUCUGAACAAUAUUGCAACAUUGGAAACUAAAAUGGUCUCUAAUCUAAAUUGUGCGAUCUUUGUUUACAUUUGCAUUCUUAAUCAAUAUUGAUAAUAUUUUGAAUUACAUAGUAGGAUAUUGUAGAAAAGUUCAAUGCAAUUGCUGCAAUGAAUCACGAGAAUUCGGAAUAUAUUUUUCUUAAAUAAAAAAGCUUAAAUAAUCAAUAUAAUCUCUUGGAAAGAAAAAAUUAAAACAUUUGUUUUCUCAAAAGUAUCGUACGUGUGUCUCAUAAACGAGCGAGGCGGACGAAGUUGAGACGCGUAAAGCGAACGUUUGCGUUCCGCGAUAGUCUCCAUGACAAAGAGACUACGCAAUUGUGAAUCAAUAUGGCUAAUUCUAGCAGCACGAAGUAUUAACGUUUUAAUAGCGAAAUUAUUAUAAGAGAGAUAAAAACAAGGCGAAGUACUGAUCGAGGCAUAGGUCGAUAUUUCCCGGAACGAUCCUUUUCGAUCGUAUCUCGACCGAGACCGAGUGACAGAUAUAAAUAAAAAAAGAAGCAAUUAUUUCUUUAUUCCGAUAAUUGGCUACCGUUUGAAGAGAAAGCGUCGCGUUUGAUUAAUAAAUAUAUAUUGCGCAAUAAAAACUGUUUCGUUCUCUUUAUAUUUCGAAGUGAAUUGACGUUUCUCUUCUGUUAAUGAAACGUGCUUUUAAGUUUUUACUCGCUCGUUGUUACAUAGAAUAAGAAUUAUUACAUAGAAUAAGAAUAAAAAUGUAAAAUGUACAAAAUUAAAUAAUUUUGUAAAUACCACACUACGAUCAAAAUUAAGAUUGCAAGAAAUGUGUGCACAGAAAUUUGCACCUCUGAAAGCAAUGUUCUUCUCGUUUGUUCGCACAAAAAAUUUACACACAAUCUAUUUUAUCACACGCUUGAAGUGUAUACUGCACACACAUAGAGGAACGUAUUUAAAAAAUCUUCAAAAAGCACAAGCCAAUUAGUCGAAUAAAAGACAGUUGCUUUUGUAUAUUUACAUUUGUCAUGAGAUCGAAUGCCGAGUAUCGGACAUCGCGAACAAACAAUAGCGUGUAUGAGGCGCAAAGAUGGAUUUUAUUACAAAGUUCCAUUUACACCUGAGAGCGAGGCAGAUUACGACUGAACAUGUUACGUUGAUCAUUUUCUUUUUUUCUCGGGGCCUACAAAUAUAUAUUUGUAAAAUACAAUUCGCUUGAAUUAAAAGAGCGUGACCGCUCGAUUCGAAUUAUUCGCGCGAUUCCGACCUUACGUCUAAGGAUGCUUUAGGCUCCAAGAUAGAACGUAACGCGAGGAAUCGUUAGGGAAAACGAGUGAAAAUUAGGAUGAUUACGAGGAGUUUGUGUGAGAGAAGCUAUUACACUGGAAAAUGCUGGCGCGCUAGAAGAUUACCGAGCGUCGGCAAGCAAAAAUACUUCAUUCUAGUCGUAUCUCUCAUGCUUUGCCAAGUA